AUGGCCACGAUCCAAAUACUUUCUGACCUCCAUCUAGAGGCUUAUAAUACUUAUGAUGACUUUGAAAUCCCUCCACGUUCACCAUAUCUCGCUCUUCUAGGGGAUAUUGGCUGCGUCAAGAAGGACGAAAAAAAAUACCUCGCUUUCCUAAGAAGACAGCUGGCUAACUUCCGCGUCGUACUUCUCAUUCUUGGUAACCACGAGCCUUACUAUUCGAGUUGGAGCUAUGCCAAGCAGACUAUACUCCAGUUCGAGCAGCAAGUGAGCCAGGAGCGGGAAAAACAGUCUUCCAUCGGUGAAUUCGUCUUUCUCGAUAGGAGAAGAUAUGAUAUCGAUUGUAAUGGAUUAAAGUUGACGAUCUUAGGCUGCACACUCUUCACUAAGGUCCCUUCCGAAUCUAUCGAUGACAUUAGCUAUGGACUAAACGACUUCUAUCAUAUCGAGAACUGGACAGUUGAACAGCAUAAUAUGGAACAUAAACGUGACUUGGAAUGGUUGAACAGUCAAGUAGAGAAACUAAAUGGAUCUGACAGGAAAGUCAUCAUUCUCACACACCAUAGUCCAACACGGGAAGAAAGGAGUGUAGAAGCGAAGAAUCGCGAAAGCAAAAGGAUCGCCGGAUUUUGUACGGAUCUUAGUGAUCAGUAUUGUUGGUGCAAUAAUGGUGUGGCACUUUGGGCAUUUGGCCACACCCACUACAACUGCGACUAUACAGAUACGAAGACAAACAAGACAGUCUACACAAAUCAAAAAGGUUACUUUGGUGGAUCGGAUGGAUUCGACGUUGAAAAGGUCAUAAACUUAUAA